AUGGGCCAAAUGCUAACCCUAAAGAGAACCCAGAAUGGUGACUUCUGGGAUAACCCCUGGGACGUCGGGGGCCUGAUAGUGAUUGGCUUAUUCACCUCCACAUUCCUUUUGUUCAUCCUAUUUGCCAUUGUGUUUGGGCAUGUGGAAAAGAUUUUGUACAAAGAGCACUGA